ACCAAUGAGCUGAGGUCGACAGAGGUGUUGGCACGGCACCCUGGAUAGAGUGCCUUGAACGGGUGACAGAUAGUGGUGGUGGUGGGGGUCUCUCACUGUCCCACCAGCCCCUGCUGUCAGCUAGGGGGGAGGGCUAUACCACGUGACAGAAUUGUUGGAAAGCGACGCCUUCAAGCUCCGACAGUCGGGAGUUUGACUUGCCAGGAAUGUGCCGAGGCAGCAGCAGCAUGCAGCUCCUCUUUAGACUCGCAGGAUCAGUAGCAGGGACACCUGACACCCGGCUCUGAAUCCUGUUGAGCUUCCUGCCCUGCAGCCCCGUCCUCCGCCCAGACCAUCUUUAGACAAAAUCCAGACCUUGUACAGGAGGGUCAUCUCCGCAUGCAGCCCCUGCCUUAUAUGCAGAGAAGCUCACCUAUCAGGGUGUAGGUUAAAAGCACAAAGGGGUGUGCGUCUGCAGGCGAGUCCACAUUAUCCUACACCACCUCAGUGAUCUAUUGUGUGGCCUAUGAUUAACCACUACAGGCUGCAGGUACAUUUGGCCUACAAGAGGAACAUUUUGGAGACACAAGUGGUCAAUUACAGCAUCAGAGCGUAAUGCAGACCUCUCCCGGGGGCUCCAUACUCUUUCAGGGGAAGCUCAUAUGGAAGAGAAGACAUAUUACACCUGUUACACCAAAUAAGCUAUCAGAAGACGUCACAUAUAACAAGUACAGAUAGUUUAGAGACACUGUUAGUUUAGAGUUUCUGGGAGAUGCACUAUUUCCCCUUAUACAGAAACUAGGACAGAAAUAUUUACUAAAACCAAGGGGGUUAUGUUUUCAUCUGCACUUGUUUGUUAGUUAGCAGGAUUGCUUGGGGGGAAAAAACUGGAUGAGGAAUGGAUCGCGGAAGAACCAAUCCCAUUUGGGUGUGGCUCUGGAUCAGGAGUUCAGAUACUGGAUUCUUUUAUUUCACUUUCUUUAACAUUUCAACAUUUUCACUGAUUUCCCAGGGAAUUAUUCAUUGAUCUUGAUGGGAGGGGGGGGGGGGGUAAAAAAUCAGGCCCAUUACGGGAAGUGAGUGUGUGCAGUUGUCUGGCAGUUUAAUUGAAUUUAAGGGGACUGUUGGGCCUUGGUGGAGGUAUUUGCUUUACUGAGGAAAUAUGUCAAACAGCAGUAUUAGGCUUUCUCGGCUCAAUUCCUCCGUGGGAUCAAAUUGCUUAAUUAUGGAACCAUCCAGGAAUUGAGCAAAACCUAAGCAAGUAAAUUAAGAGAGAAGAAAGGGGCAACUUUUUCCUAGUUUUGCGUGAGGGGAGGCCCACUGUCUCUGAAGCCUGAGCAAUAAAUUCAACCAUUGUGUGUAUUGAUCCAGAGCUUGAAUCAGUCGAAACACAAUGAACUAAUCUGUUUUAUUAAGCCCAUUCUCCCUCUGAUGGAAAUCACUAUCAGCCCUGACUGCAUUUCUGACGUCCCGGCCCCGGGCCACCUGUUGCAGGCAGGGUGUGCGCGUGUGUGGCUUUUUAAAAACGUCUUGGGGUGGGCGGGGCUUCGUACUGUGCGUGUACGUGUGUGCGUGUGUUGUGAUUACAGCAGCACCGUGGACGGCCAUCUGUUCCGCUCCUCUUCUGUGAAACCCGACUCUCCGGUGUGAGUAUAUUUACCGGACACUAAAUUAGCCUCAUGCAGCAGCAGCAGCAGCAGCAGCCCUGAAUAUCCGAUGAGCUGUUUGUCCACAGACGAUCUAUCGUCACCGCGAUUUAACGUUCUUACCGAACUGCGUUUGAGAGACACGGACACAAACAGGCGAUUGUCAGCCCUCCAUGUUACCUGAUGAUUAACAUCUGUAUCUACUGAUAACAUGACGAGGUGAUGUGCGACAACAGAUGGAUGAUUCAACUCAGUGGUUGUGUUAUACUGUAAUUAGCUCGUAUGAUAUAAUACAAAAUGGCGAUUUAAUGCCAUCUCGUUGUUAAAUCUCGGAGGUGAACCAGCUUGUUUGAAGUUAAUGCGUGAGGACGCUGUGGAUUAUUAUAAAAGCUGCAGUGUUUUCAGACACUGACAUUUAAUUUGUAGGUUUCUUCAGUCGCAGAUCGCAGCAGCCUAUCACAGCGGGAGAUGGCUUCUGCGUCAUCACGUUCAGGAUGUUAUCGCUGCCAGCGCAGUAACGCUCGAUGAACUUCACAGCCAGAGGACAUUUUACAAUAAAACACAUUUUAAUGUCACUGAUGAAGAGAUCGUGUUUAUUCAAACUAAGUGUUUCAUCUUUUAUCUGCAGCCCACAGAGGAGACGCCUCCCCGGAAGAAGAUCAAAGAGUUUAGAAGAUGGUGACCAAGAGGAUACGCUCGGAGUACAUGAAGAAAUUCAAAGACCCCAAAUGGGAGACCUACACCAAGUGUUAUGAGGAGAUGCUGAAGUACAGGCUGGCACGCCGGCUGCUGGAGCAAACACACAACCCCUGGUUCUGGAGCGGCUCAGACAGUGAUUCAGACUCAGCUGGAAGAACUCCUCCCCCUCCUCCCAAUAAAAACCAGGUACAGGAUGAAACCGUCAGGGCUGGGACGGAGGCCGAGCUGGAGGAGUGUCAGGGGGCGAGGACGGACAAACAGCCGGAGCUGCAAGCCAGCACUGCAGGGCCUGUACCCAGACUUCACAUUCAGGAGCAGGAAAAUGGAGGCUCCCAGCUUGAUGGUGUCAAACUGACGAGAGUACCAGAGGAGGAGAGGGAGGAGCAGAGAGCCAGAGGCAGUAAACAGUUACCAGUUUCCCACAGAGUGCGAGACCAAGAGGCUGGACAGCACCGAACGCAGCAGAGUAAACCUCCCAAAUCCUCAAAACAAACUUGGACCUCCCAUCGUGUCAGACCUGCACCAUCACGGCUGCCCAAGGAGGAGAGUAAGGGCAGCAGACACUCUUUCGCUCUGUACGCUUCUGGAGAGAAGCAUGCAGACAUCGGGGCCAGGAAGACGCACAACGUCGGCCCUACGGCUUCGACAACUGAGAUCCACGAGUCGGCUCUACGCGCUAAGACCCGGCGGGAGGUGGAGCGUCAGAUCCAGACCCACAGAGCUGAGCGCCGGAGAGCCAAGUCUGUCGAGCUGGACAAGCCCAGGAAGGUGGUUCAACCCGAGUUCAACCCCUGGCUCACUGAGUACAUGCGCUGCUUCUCUGCUCGCUCACAAUAGGACAAACACAGACGCACACACACACACACUCACUGCAGACAUAUGUAAGUCAGGAUGAUUCCAGACAAAAAAGAAAGUGAAGCCAUUAUUGCCUAUCAUCUCUGAGGUCUGAGUACACACUAUUGUAGAAUAGAGCAUUGAGUCACACAAAGGCUUCUGAAUGUGCAUCACUCUGACAUUCAUCAUGUAAACAGAAAGAGCUGGAACAUUGAAUUUCACAGUGUGGCUUUUUAGACUAUGAGUGUCUAUCGAUCCAUCUGUAAAUCAAUCUAGAAACAUCUGACAGGGUAGUUCAGGCUCUUGAAAGAAAUCAUUUUAAAGAUGAUGUAUAGUUAAGAAUGUGUCAACAGGUAUUUAGAUGAGACAGAGCAUACAUGCAAAUAGAUAUUUGCAGCCAUACUUCAAUGCAGUCCCUUUAAACAAAUACGUUAUACAUGGAUAUCAGUCUGUUGUGGUCUCACAUAGAGGGAGUGAAGGCACAGUGUGUGAAUAGAUUCAGUGAUUAGCUUUCUUUAAAAUGAGACAAAAUGGGAACAUCAGGGUUGUAUGAUACGGGACAUAUUGUGUACGCAUGUAAACAAAGUCAAACACACUAGAACAAAAGUUGGCAUUCCAAAAUAUUUAGCGACACACAUUUAGAUGGUUUAAUCAAUCACCGUGUGUGCUGAGCAGUAUGUUGGUUGACAUACAUAGAUAUGUCUGUUUUAAAGGUUUUAUAGUCUUCAGAUCACUUAAUGCUGAAGACUUAUAGAUUUAUCUGUUUGUGUAACAGUUGAUUGGUCUUUUCCCACUUGAUAGAUUGUACACCUCAGAUACUGCGUUGUGUGAUAAAUACAUUUCAAAUA